CUGUGGCUGCAUGACGAACCGGCUCCUCUCUCACGCUCUUUCAUGCGCGCCCCUCAUUCGCUGCCAUCCCAGGAAGCCCCCUGCUGUUUGUGUCUUUCUGUCUCCUUGUGCUGAGCGGUUGCAUGGGAAGGGUGGUGGUGGUGGUGGCGGCGGCGGCGCUCUCUGAGCCUCGGCCUUCUCUUCCGCGGGGAGGGGCGCGGGGCUGUGGUGGUGUCAGUUGCUUCAGGCGCCUGCUCGUGCCCCGCGUUGGCUCGCUGGGGGCCACGGGUAGCACGGCGAGCUGGGACGGCGGCCAGGCAAGGGGCCCUGGGCUCUGCCUCCUUGCCCUCCUGUGCCAGCCAUCAGAGGUGCACCCUUUGGGCAAAAACGAGAUCCCCCAGUGGAUUCCCGCCCUCCCCACCACCACGCACAGGCACGGCAGGUCUGAGUUCCCAAAGAUGAGGUGCCUGCUGGCUUGGAGGGGGCAAGCCAGGCCCGAAGGACCCUUGGAGCCCGCUGCCAGCAGAGUGUGUUCUUCCACUGCUCCUGCUCUCUCUGCCUCCCUUUCUCUCGGCCGGUCCUCUCCUGGGCCUUGCUUGAUGGCCUCUUCCCCCAGAGUUAGCAUCUAUGCCAGGGCACCUGGACUGAGCUCUCUAAUGCGGAAGACUAAGGUCAUGCCUAGUAGGAGUUGGUCAGAAGGCGAGCUUUCAGCUUGCACAAGGUUGCUGACGUGACCAGUGGUUCUUUGUCACCAGUGAUGGCCAUUAUGACGACACUCAAAGGGCCAAGGAAGCUACAAGGAGAUGAGAUGCUGCUGCUUCCACGGGAUCAGGGUUUUUAGGUGGUGUUGUUUGAGGGGGGGAAGGUAUGUGGUUCUCUCUGCCCAAAAUCCGGGCAGGGCCUGCGGUGGUGAAGGUGCCUGUGCAACAGUGUGGCCCCACCAAGUGUGGGAGAUGAAGAUGUUCCUUGCCAUGGCUAUGAGCUAGGCCAGGUUGGGGGUGGAGGCAGUGAUGCUGGAGAAGCCAGAAUCUGUAGCAGGGCACCUUGCUCUGUGGGGUGCUGCCAGCCCCAAGAGAUGCUUCUGAAUUGCAGGCUGGAGACCCCUCUUGGGCACCAGCAGCUUCCUUGUGAGGAGGAGUUGAUUUGAGAAAUAGUUCCUGCUUAUUUGCAGUGAUUUCUUUGGCAGACAUGGAUAUGAAACUGCUACAGGCAGUUGCUGGGAGAGCAGGCAUCAUGGAUCAUUGCCCUUUUAUUCUAUCUAUCAUAUGUAUAUACCGCCUGAUUUUUAUAGAUAGAUAGAUAGAUAGAUAGAUAGAUAGAUAGAUAGAUAGAUAGAGGCGGUGUACAUAAUCCAAGUUUCAAUAUAAAAAUAAAAUAGUUUCACAAAAUAAAACCAAUCCACUUAAUUAGUUUUUAAUACCAAUUAAAAACAACUCCUAGAGUAAAACAAUUAAAACAUGCAACAGGCCCCAAACGGACCCAGACUGGGAGACAACUGCCUCCCCCUUAUGGUAGUUAUCACUUUGGAGCACGGGGAAGCCCGUUCCUCCAGCCCAGGAUGGUGAUCCGGCGACAAGCUUGUCUGGGUGGCCUGUUCUCCCCCAUAAGAAAGCUCUAGCAUGUGAAAUGGCUGUUGCAGAAGGGUCCCCACAUAAGAGCUUGGAAUGAGCUCUGAUCGAUGAAUCCAGCUUUGGAGAAGCAACCCCGGAGCAGGAAGCAGUGAAUGUGGAGAAGGUAGCUUGGGGAAGAGCAUGCAGAAGGUCCCAGGUUCAAUCUCUGGCAUAUCUAGAUAGGGCUGGGAGAGACUCCUGCCUGAAACCUUGGAGCACUGCUGCCAGUCAGUGGUCAGCGUAGAGUCAGACGAUACUGACCUAAAUGGACCAAUGGUCUGACUUGGUAUAAGGUAGCUUCCGAUGUUCCUAGGGGCCACGCUUUGCUGAUGACUCUGCUGUGUCUCCCUCCAGCUAGAUCGGGGCUGUUCAGCUUCGGCCCCUUCUGCAGAUGUUGGCCUAUAACUCCAUAAUCCUUGGCUAUUGGCCUCUGUGGCUGGAGAUUAUGGGAAUUGUAGUCCAAAAACAGCUGGGGGGGGGGCCUAAGUUGAGCAGGCUUGAGCUAGAUCCAUUCCCCUUGGAGGAGUAGUGAGAUAUCUGCUUCUUCUCUGGAGGCAGACUCCCAAAUUUUCCCGCCUACCCCUGUUGGGGCACUGAGACAUGCCUGGAAGCUGUGAGGUCGCUGCAGGCCUGGGCCUGUCUCCCAGGAGUCCUGGCAUCUGGGAAAGGGACCUGGGUGAGAACAGCCUCCAUCAUGGCAGGGCCAGGAGACUUUGCUGUCGAAGGCAGGUCCUUGAUGAAGCGUGAGAGGGCGGGAGGCACUUGAGGACAUACUCGUAGCCUGCAAGGACGAAGGGCUUUAUCUCAUGGCAACUUCCUCCCAUGUCUACAUUGCAGGCAGCAUCACUCAUGGAAGUAGUCAUCAGCUUCGCAAUUGCAGAAGUCCCAACUGGAGUCCUUGGGGAAGGGUAUCCAGUGCCAAGGUUGUGUAGUUUUGCAUCUGAGUAAUCAGAUUGGCAUUUGAUCACCUUUCCCCCAUAGACACAUUAAAUUUAUCACUCAAGUGUUGAACUGAGAGCACAAAAACCAGCCACUGUUCUCUGUCUUUUCUGGACCCAAAGGAAAAGCCAGGCUGAGCUCCAUCACAGCUGGUCCCAUGGACCGUAUGGCCCAUUUCAGGGGGGCUUCUGGCUGCACCAGGGCAGCAAAAAGUGCCCGACAUCAUUCCCUCUUUCCCCUCUUUUGCACAAAGUGGGGAUCCCCUCGGCCUUUGAUGAAAAUUCCACUAAGCCUCUCGGCUGAGCCUGGAGAAGAGGCAGAUAACUUCCUGGCUUGAAGUUAAGCCAGCAGGAGAUGUUCUUUAUAGAACAUCCGAGACAGCGGAGCCAAGCCGGUGAUGGUGUACAUCCAUGGUGGCUCCUACAUGGAAGGCACAGGGAACAUGAUUGACGGCAGCGUAUUGGCCAGCUACGGCAACGUCAUCGUCAUCACCCUCAACUACCGCGUGGGAGUGCUGGGGUUCCUGAGCACAGGAGACCAGGCCGCCAAGGGCAACUAUGGGCUGCUGGACCAGAUCCAGGCGCUGCGUUGGAUCAGCGAAAACAUUGCCUUCUUUGGCGGUGACCCUUUGCGCAUCACUGUCUUUGGGUCAGGCAUUGGCGCCUCCUGUGUGAGCCUCCUCACGCUGUCGCACCACUCUGAAGGUCUUUUCCAGAGAGCCAUCAUCCAAAGCGGCUCGGCGCUCUCCAGCUGGGCGGUCAACUACCAGCCAGUGAAGUACACCAGCUUGUUGGCAGACAAAGUGGGCUGCAACGUGCUCGACACAGUGGACAUGGUGGACUGUCUGCGGCAAAAGAGCGCCAAGGAGCUGGUGGAGCAGGACAUCCAGCCGGCCCGCUACCACGUGGCCUUCGGGCCGGUCAUUGAUGGAGACGUCAUCCCAGACGACCCGGAGAUACUCAUGGAGCAGGGCGAGUUCCUCAACUAUGACAUCAUGCUGGGCGUCAAUCAGGGCGAGGGGCUCAAGUUUGUGGAGGGUGUGGUCGACCCGGAUGAUGGGGUCUCGGGGAGCGAUUUUGACUACUCCGUGUCCAAUUUUGUGGACAACUUGUACGGCUACCCAGAGGGCAAAGAUACGCUGCGGGAGACCAUCAAGUUCAUGUACACAGACUGGGCCGACCGGGACAACCCUGAGACGCGCCGGAAGACCCUUGUGGCUCUCUUCACCGACCACCAGUGGGUGGAGCCAUCGGUGGUAACCGCUGAUCUGCACGCCCGCUAUGGCUCCCCCACGUAUUUCUACGCCUUCUAUCACCACUGCCAGAGCCUCAUGAAGCCACCCUGGUCCGACGCUGCCCACGGGGACGAGGUCCCUUAUGUCUUUGGGAUCCCCAUGAUUGGCCCCACUGACCUCUUUCCCUGCAACUUUUCCAAGAACGAUGUCAUGCUGAGCGCCGUGGUCAUGACCUACUGGACGAACUUCGCCAAGACAGGGGAUCCCAACAAGCCAGUGCCCCAGGACACCAAAUUCAUCCACACCAAGGCCAACCGCUUUGAGGAGGUGGCGUGGUCCAAGUACCACCCCCGUGACCAGCUCUACUUGCACAUCGGCCUGAAGCCCCGGGUGCGCGACCACUACCGGGCCACCAAGGUUGCCUUCUGGAAGCACCUGGUCCCACACCUCUACAACCUCCAUGACAUGUUCCACUACACCUCCACCACCACCAAGGUGCCGCCUCCGGACACCACCCAGAACUCGCACAUCACCCGCCGGCCCAACGGCAAAGCCUGGAGCACCAAGCGGCCUGCCAUCUCCACCGCCUACACCAGCGAGGGCUCCCAGGAGAAGUGGAACCCCGAGCAGGACGGGGCCGGCACCCUGCUGGUGGAGAACCCCCGGGACUACUCCACGGAGCUGAGCGUCACCAUCGCCGUGGGGGCCUCGCUGCUCUUCCUCAACGUCCUGGCCUUCGCCGCCCUCUACUACCGCAAGGACAAGCGCCGGCAGGACACCCACCGCCAGCCCAGCCCGCAGCGGACCGCGGCCGCCAACGACAUCGGCCACACGCCGGAGGAGGAGAUGCCCUCGCUGCAGGCCAACCAGACCCACCACGGAGACUGCGAGGCGGUGACCCCCCACGACGCCCUCCGCCUCACCGCCCUGCCCGACUACACCCUCACGCUGCGCCGCUCGCCGGACGACAUCCCCCUGAUGACGCCCAACACCAUCACCAUGAUCCCCAACUCCCUGGUGGGGCUGCAGACCUUGCACCCCUACAACACCUUUGCGGCCAGCUUCAGCAGUACUGGGCUCCCCCACUCACACUCCACCACCCGGGUAUAGCUGCGCAGGGCACCCCCCCCAACUCCCGUGCACAUGCUUCACCCUCACCGGACCUGGCGCUGCCCAGUCAGGCGGGGCGGGCAAGCGCCCUUGGCCGGCCGGCCGGCGGGCGGGCUGGCUGGCUCUUCCGCUCUCUGGGGAUUUCAUUGGCAUCAAGUGCUUCGACUCUCCUUGUGCCCAGCGGGACCCGUCUUGACCAAGCGGGGCAGAGCCCAGCCGAGGAGGGGGCAGAACUUUCUCCGAGGGCCAGCCAGACGCUGCACAGGAGGAGAGAGGCUGUGAGGCGGUGGUGGCGGCGGCCCGGGGGGGGGGGGGGGCUCCCUGCGGGUCCCUCCUGGAGCCACCAGACUCUGCCCAGGGGCCGUAGUGGCCCCCUCCGGGCGGGGCUUUCCUGCCACGCCCUCCUCCCCCCCCCGCCAGAGAUUGAUCAAUCCAAGUGCCGUGGAAACAGGCUCCUGCAGGCCGAUUCGCCAUGCUAGGCAGCUGCUUGGAGUUGCUGGCACCAGGCCCGGGAGCACCGGCCGGGUGCGGUCUGGCACCCUCAGCCCCUGGUGCUGGGCUUGGCUAGCCGGGGCUUGGUGCCGGGCCCACCCAGCGCUGCCCGAUGCCCCCACCUCACCCCAUGCUCUUUCAUGUUGCAGAGACACUGUCUGUCCGUUUCUUUCCAAAAGACGUUUUUUAAGCAGAUCGUUUAGUUCUUUAAACACUAACGGAGACGCUGUGUUUUGUCCUUUGUAAAGAUUUUAAACUAAGUGUUCUUGAUAAAGCCAGUUAAACACAAACACACACACACACAAACACACACACGUCAGCUGCAUCUGUGCCGCAGCCCCGCCAGCAUCAACUUGUGCCAAACUGAGAAACCAGCAGACUUCGCUCGGGGCGGGCAGUGGACCAGAGCAGGCCACGAGAUCCUUUUUGUAUUUUUGAUAUGCCCUUCCGCUGCCGUUCCCGUCUCCGUGUGUCACCCACCCUUUGCUCCACGGCUACCCAAGGAUGAGCUGGUUCCUUCUCCCCUCUGCCAACGCCCCCCACCCCUUGCUCUGGCCCAUCCGCCUUUCUAAACCCUUAGCAUCUGCUGUGCCAAAUCUCCCCUCUUUCUUAAGGGCCUCCCCCGCCCUCCCUGCCAGUCAAUCAUCUCCCUGGCCCCUGACAUGCAGCAGCAUCUUGCUGGCCCCUGACAUGCAGCAGCAUCUGCUGCUACACCUCUCCUUGGCUUGGAUUUAGGCACUUUAACUUGGCUGCAGCUGGGUGAAGCCAGCAGCAGAGGGGGCGGAGAGGAGAAAUCAUGGGGCGGGGUGGGUGGGUGGCAAUAGCGUAAAUGUGACGGGGCUCAGAACUGUUGCUGUUGGAGCCCACUGUAAACUCCAGUCCUUUAGGGUAGGCCUUGAGCUACGGAGGGGUGUGUGGGGGGGGGCGCUUUCAGAGGAGCAGUGGAGGCCACUGCUGCUAGAGAGAAGCACUGGGGUGGGGCCAGCCUAAGGAGCAGGGAUGGGGCUGGGUGGAGAGGGGGGGGAGGGAGUUCAGGUAACAGGGUCUUGUGGUGAAGAUGGCACAGCUCUGCUUGGGCAGGAACUGGGUCUGGCUUGCAGGGGGUUGUGCGGGAGGGAGGCGUGCCACAGGGGAGCCCAGAGCAUACAGGUCAGCUUGCAAGGGCGGGGGGGGGGGGGGGGAGACACACUGAGGAAGCAGGAACAGGUGUCCAAGAGAGGCAGCUGUGUUUGGAAAUGGAGCCAAAGCGAUUUGACCCACCUUGCUCUGUGGCCCCCUUGCGCCUGCCCCAGCCUGAGAUGUGGAGGGGUCCCAGGAGGCUGUUGGCUUGGCUGCUGCCCCUGCUGCAACCCUUCGUUCCUGCAGGGGGCAGUAUCCUAGCUUACGGGAGGGGGAGAGUGAAGACCAGUGGUUCCGGCCGAGAAUGUAUUUAAGUGACCCUGUCAAUCACCUGUGCAGAGGAGAGAAUUCCAAAUAAAAUGGAAGGGGUAUUUUUA